UCAUUCAUUCUCCCUGGAGUUUAGUGUGGUACCGGGUCGCUUUACGGGAAAAGACUGCUCCAAUUUAGCCGGAAUUGCCCAACUUUUAGACUUUUAUCAUGGUGCUCAAUCUGUAAAAAGAAUCACCAAACUGAUAAAAACCAGUACAGCGUGGAUCAAACUGGUAAAUGAGGGUGCCGAGACAACUGUAAUUCGAUCGAAAAAGAAACGGACAACUCUCAAGCACACAGGGUAAUUGACAAAGGAUUUUACGACACAGUGAGAGAUGUGAGAGUUAAACUUUUCUGAUUUUUUUUUCUUUUGCUAGUUUUAAAGGCGUAGAUGUCAAAGGAAAAGCAAAUAAACUGCUGGCAUAAUGCAAGAAUGGUAGGAGGAGAGUUUUUCAGAGGGUGUUUUUCUUUUAGAAAGAACAUUAUUCGCAGAUUAGCAAUGGAUUUUUGAAUGAUAAAGGGAACAAGAGGGUAAUGUAUAUAAAAAUAUGCAAGAAUCACAGGAAACUCACAUAUCCAACCACCUGGAUGAAAUUGUUGCUGCCGUCAGCAUAACACCUAGAAAGAAACUGCAAAACCAGCUGCUUCAGAAAGCACUGUUCCAGCCUCCUCGGGAGAAACUCCGCCUCUCUGAAGAGAAAGCCAAGUCCUAUGCCAGCAGUCAUGAGUACAAAAAGGCUCUCCAUGAGCUUGUGCACUGCAUGGCUCUGACAAGGAUCUGCUACGGUGAUUCCCACUGGAAGCUGGCCGAGGCGCACGUUAACCUGGCUAAGGGUUAUCUUCAGCUGAAAGGAAUGUCACUACAAGCAAAACAGCAUGCAGAAAAAGCCAAAGAAAUCCUCACCAGCUCCAUUGUGCCUCCAUACAAUGACAAUACAGAUGUUUUCAAGUGUUCGGUUGAGCUGUUCCAUACCUUGGGGCAAGCCUUACUCUCCCUUCAAAAGUUCAAGGAAGCUUCAAAGAAUUUGACAAAGGCAGAGAUACUUUCAAAGGAGAUGCUCCAAUGUGGAAAGAUUAUAAAAGAAGAAUGGAUGGAAAUUCAAGCGCGGAUCAAAUUGUCAUUUGCACAGGUAUAUCAAAGUCAGAAGAAAUCAAAAGAAGCUCUGCCCCACUACCAAGAGGCUUUAGAAUAUACUGAGAUCAGUAGAGGUGAAAAAAGUCUAGAGUGUGUACCAAUACUGCAGGAGUUGGCAGCUGCAGAGCAAGCCCUGGGAUUUCACGAUGCAUCCAUCAACAACCUUUUACAGGCGCAUCUCAUCGUCCUGAGAGGAAACCCCUCCCGAGAGGAGGCAGCCACGUCUGCACACUCCGUUGCCUGUGCCGCCGUCGCUUCUGGGAGGCCUGAGCACCACGAUGUGGCUGAGCAGUAUUUUCAGGACAGCAUGGCUAAUCUCAAGGAUGCUGAAGGGAAGGAGAAAGCCAAGUUUCUUUCAAUUCAAGAUGAUUACUGCCAUUUCCUACAAGUCACUGGACAAGACGAGAGAGCCACUUCAAUCCUCAGAGAGUCCCUGGAGGCCAAAGUGGCAGUGUUCAGUGAUUUCAGUCCUGAGGUGGCAGAGACAUACCGGCUCCUGGGUGUGGCCGACCUGGCACAGGGGAACCAGACCGGGGCCCACAAGAAACUGAAGAAGUCGUCCUGGAGAAGGAUGGUGGUAGCUGGCUCCGAGACAGUGGCCAGGGGCUGGAGCAGAGUUGUGGGGGAGUCGAGGGAUGUCAAUAAACGUGUAGAACCCACAGCCCUGGGCAACUCGGAGGUGAGGAGUGAGGGAGGCGGCAGGGACAACAGGACUCUGAGCGGGCACUUGAGACGCUCAGGGAGGGCUGCUCCUCCGCCGCUGUCCAGGGCAGCCGGGAGCAAAGGCCUGGCCUCCCUUCUGUUCUUCCUCCUCUCCCGGCCCCAUGUCCCAGGGCCCCUGGCCCCGCUCCGUCUGUGUUUCUCUCAUGGGAGGCUUCCUGCCCAUCUGUGCAGUAACCCACGGGUCUCUAGCUCAUUGGCCUUCCAAGGAAGGGAGUGUGUCUGAGAGUGUGUGUGUGUGUCUGAGUGUGUGUGAGAGAGGGAGAGGGGGGAGCAGGGUAUGCUGCCUCAGAUUCUUGCCGCUCCUUCUGCCCGGAACCCCACCCCCACCUCCCUGCCCCCGACCUGGCCCUCUUCAUAUGGCUGACUCCCCAUCCUGCAGGUUUCAAUUCGAACGUCACCUCCGAAAGGCCUUCACUGACCCAAGCCUCCUCUGCCACUACUGACCUCUCCCCCACCUUAUUCUUUCAGAGCCCGCAUCCUUUAUUCUCUACCAUAUCUCUUACGAGCAGUCAGGCCGUGUUUGUUCACACGUUUUUAAAUACCUGGCUCCCGCACAACACUGGAAACCCCCCUCCACCGCUCCAACCCCGAGGUGGACGCAGGGUUGGCGUCUGGCAAGGGCUCAGCAAACACCCGUGAGAAUGUGUAGCUGCAGCGAAAGACACAGGUCCAGGGGGUGAGGCUGGUGUCUGAGGGGCUGGGCAUACCAAGCCCCGCCCCAACGUGACCCUGUUUUUUAUAGGGAAAUGCUGUCUGAGGAGCUGUGUCUUGGUCUGUCCUUUCAUUUCCCCACGUUCAUCAUUUAAGGAAUCAUUCCUGAUGUAAAUGAAAGCAUAACUUUGUUUUUCUAAACAUUUAAGGCAUUUCAUACAUCCACAUAUUUUAACUUCUGAUGUUGUCUUUUCUUCUUAAUUCUAACCUUGAGAACUGACAUAAAAAGAGAAGCACAGUUCAUGUGUUCCUGGGUAAUCUCUCCUCCCCAUACUCUAGCAUCAGAUAAUACGUGUAAACAAGAGCAGUGAUUUCAGAUUCUGAGCAUUAGAGUCUUUGAAAAUAUUUUACCUUUCUCAGGCUUUGUUUUUCAUUUCUUGUAAAGACAAAAUACAUGUGCUUGCUUGAAGGUUUGGCACAGACCCCUCCCAGGCAAGAAAAGUAUGUCUUUCUGCAUUUUCCAUCAUUGAGUCUCGUACCUUGCAACUGAGAUGGCUCCUAAACUGCAGCCCUAGCUGCACCGCCUCUCUUAUUAAAAAAGAUAUGGCCCAGCAGCACUUCUGUGGUCAGAAAUUUCCCAAUAGAAAUGAUGACAUGGUUUCAGGACUUAAGACUGGAGGUUGAGGAAGAAAAGGCGAGAUCAGCCCACUUCUGCAGAGGAACUGCCAUGAAAAUAAGUGGCCCUGAGCACUAGUUGCAGAUUGUCAGAGAUCCCCCCAAAUCGGAAAAUACGCCCCUUUCUGAGUUCAGGUCUUGUAGACUGAGUCAGCUAACCUCUGUGCCUCAGCUGCCGCCGAGCCACUGGUGUGUCCACACAGGGAAGGGUGCUGGCUGGGGGGCUCGGAGGUGGGCCAGAGCAGGCAAGUCAAUGCCUCCGAUCCCAGAUUCCUUGGCCUCUGGGCUCCUUAGAAACCUAACUUUCAAAACUCAAAGUCGUGUCAAGUAUCAUUUUUAAGGUUCUCACCAAGUGCUUAAGAUUGUGUCUAACUCCCGUGGCGUUAUGGAUGCCCGUAAGGGAAAGUGGCACCUAGGGGCCACAAUUUCUGCUGUUGAGCGCCGGGAUUAUGAUGGAGGAGGUUUGUGGCACCGCAUCCUCAUGGAGCUUCCUCACCAGACAGCUCAGCAGCUGACGCGUCACUGGAGCCCUGUGGUCUAAACACGUCUCACAGACCCAUAUAAGAACUUCAUAAGUGGAUCUUUUAUUCAACCUAUUUAGUCAUUCAUUAAUUUAGCAAAUACUGCAUCUACUUAGGCACCUGGAACACAAAGGGGAGCAAGACAGACAGGGCCCCUUUGGUGACAGCUCAUAGACUAGUGUAAAGCUCAAGUCCCCUUCGCCUUCCUGAAGCAGGAAAGGUCUUUAGUAUUUAGGGAACAAUGAAAACACAAAUGACUUCUCCCAGUCCCUGCAGAUAAAAUCAAGAGAACACAAACAGUGUAUGGCUUCCUAAAACAUCUGGAAUCUCAAAAUUUGGGGGUUUUUUUUGUCCACUUAAAAACGACAAACACCCUUUGGAGGCUGAUUUCAGAUCAGAGUGUACUGGACUCCUUGGGAGAAUUGGGAGAGUACAAAAUACCUUUACUGGUGGAGAAUGUUCUGUUGAGGCCUGAGGAAUUCUUUACUUGGUUCAGUGAGAUAUUUACAAUGCCCAGACUUGAUCUCUGUCAAUAUUUUUAACAAAGGAAUUGAAAGACUUACCUCACACAAAAAUGUUUCAGCAAAUUUAGCUAGGAGCCACAGA